AUAAAGAAGCAACAAAAAGGAAAGGCUUGAAGAUUGGCGAGAUUGGCUCGGGCUGUGCAAGGAAAGGAUACUCGAAUCCGUUCCAACAAGAAAGAGCUACGGAAUCUCCAGCUUGUGAAGUUCCACGCGCACCAUUAGCAACGAUGGAAGAAGAUUGGGAGCAACUGGCCGAGCAGAAAGGGGGCGAGCCGUUCCCCAAGGCAAACGUGAACAAAUGGGCUGGUGAAGACGAAGAUGAUGUAAAGGAUAACUGGGAAGACGAUGACGAGGAGGAAGAGAAGAAAGACGAACCAAAGGGGGAAACACCCACGAAGGAUGGAAAACCGAAGAAAACGGCACAACAGAAACUUCUGGACAAAGAGAAAUUGAAACAGGAAGCAGAACGGCGGCGGAGGGAAGAGGAACUGGAAGCCAAUCUCACGCCGGAACAGCGGGCCGCCGAAAAACGGCGGCUGCAAAAGCUACAGGAAGAGAAUGACCUGAAGACGGCGAUGGAAACUCUAGGAAUAACGUCCGUGUCAAGUGGCGCUGGUGGUAUCGAAGGAAUGCAUCCGACAAGCAAGGAAGAGUUUAGUGAAUUGGCGGAAGCGAUUAGCAAAAAGUUGGCAAACUUUCGAGCUCACAGCGAGUACCAGGGAUUCUUGGAAGAGCUGCUACUGAAAGUGUUUGCCAGUUUAUCAUCGGCGGAUAUUCGAAAGGCAAAGAACACACUGGACAACCUGUACUUGGAGAAGCAAAAGGUCGAGAAAGGUGAUAAGCCAAAGAAGACCAAGGGUAGCAAAGUGAAGGUGAAACUGCGCGUCGAAGGUGACAACUCGACGCUCAACGAAUACACCAACCAGUAUGACGAUUACGACGAGUUUGAUGAUUUCAUGUAACGGCGACCAAUCGUACGAAGGCAAUAUCCGCCGCAGCCGUUCACCAUCAGCGCCAUUAUCGCCAUCGUCGUAACAGGGAAAGGCGUCAACCACACCUCGUAGGAAGCCGAGCAAGGGCUAAAGUUACGUAUUUACAUUACACGGUGUAUUCUCUUGUCAGUGUUCCGGUAUUUUGUUAUUUUGUUACAUUCAAUUUGUCUACCCUGUCUCACUCAACAUGACACCGUCACCGGUACGUUACGCAUGGAACGUUGUUUGAAAUCAGAUAAAAAAUAAUAUAGGAUAGAAAAUAUUUACAAACAGUCAAAAAGUAGAAAGAAAACGGAAAAACAUCGUAACACAACAAUAACAACCAAUGGACAAAUCUACCUUCAACACAACUUCGGCACUUACGUACGUAGCGUUUGUUCUUUCAGGGCGCCAAAGUUGGGUGCUGACUGAUUUUACUCGCAUACGAAAUAAGUGAUUCUCGCAUCAUUGUGUACUUAAAUAUCUUUUACUUUAUUCACAACGUAACAAGCACACACACUCGAAAAAUACUGUUGAACACUAAUCAGUUGACGGUCAGACGGGUCCUAACGUACCGUUCGAUGGCAACGGCACCAACGAAGCGGAUUUACCAAAAUUAUUAAAUACCGUCUCAUCCAUCAGAAGUCCGCCGAUGCUCGCGGUCAUGAAGCACACGAUGGAACCGGCCAGAAACGCUCGAAAUGCCACGGACGUAAUAACGUUCCGCUUGUCGGGUGCCAUCGCACUCAAUGUACCGAUCAUGAUGCCCAUUGAGCUGGGAUUGGCAAAGCCACACACGGCAUAGGUUGCUAUUGCUGACGAUCGGGGCUUAAAUGGGAGAGUCGAAAUGAAAACAAAUUCACCCAAGCACUACCCCGCUCUUACCGUGAUGACUUCCUCCUUGAUAAACUCUCCUAACCGUUCGAAUGCCACGAACUCAUUCACGAUCAUCUUGAUGCCGAUCACUUUUCCCACGUAGUAGCUAUCGCCCCACGGGACACCCAUCACGUAUGCCAGCGGCCGGAAGACGGCGCCAAAAAUGUUCUCCAACGAAACGUCCUCCCAGCCAACACGCCAUCCAAACCAUCCCAGAAGCCCGUUGAUGAAGGCAAUAAACGCCACGAACGCCACCAAGUUGGCAAUGAUCCCGAGCACAAGCGGCGUGGCUGCACUUGCGCCGUUACUGGCGGCAUCCAACAGGGACGAAUCGGUUCUGUCGGUGAAUGUGAAAGUGUACUUACUCCUCUUUUGGUUGAAUGUAAAUCCCUCGGCCACUUACGAUUCCUCCAUCUGAAUGUUAUCCGAUCGCGUUUUGCUCUCCUCCGUUUCGGGGUAGAUCAGCUUGGUGAUACACAGGGCGCCCGGAGCGGCCAUCACACUGGCCGUGAUCAGGUGAGCCGGAUUGGCACCGAACGAAAUGUACGCCGCCAGUACGGUACCCGAGACGGUCGCAAAUCCGGAUGUCAUGAUCGAGUGCAGCUCGGAGUGGGUAAGGUCCUUUAGAUACGGUCGCACCAGCAACGGGGAUUCACUCAUGCCGAGGAAAAUGUUGGCCGCGGCGAUCACACUCUCACAAACGGUCGUACCGAGAAUCGACUGCAAAAUCCAACCCAGCUUGAGUACGAUCCACUGCAUCGCCCCGAGAUAGUACAGGAUUGAGAUGCAGAAGCUGAAGAAGUAGAUCACCGACAGGACGGAGAACGCGAAGAUGGCAUACUCGUUCUCGCCGCUACCCACUAGCACCUGGCCGUACACGAACGCUGCGCCCUCGCCGGUGUAGUUGAGGAAGGUGGCCACCUUAUUGCCGAAGCACUCGAAUAUACUGCGACCAACCUCCCAGCGGAUGCAGAAGAUGCCGAGCAGGAACUGAAAGAUGACGCCCAGCACGACCGGCCGGUAGUUGACUUUGGUGUGGUGCUUCGACAGCACGAAGGACAAAACCAGCAGAAACGCCAUGCCAGUCAGCGACAUGAGUCGUUCGGUUUGGUCACGGGUUUCGAAAUACACAAACAACGCAAACCCGACCAGCACCAGGCAUACCGCUGCCAAUUUA